AUGGUCUCUCCGCUCUGGAAAGCUGCUUCAGAGGGCCGUCUCACCGACCUCGAUGAUCUGCUUGCCAACGCCACUGUCGUCGACAUUGAAGUAAAAGACCAUACUGGUGCUACUCCCCUCAUCGAGGCGGUAAAAAAUGGCCAUGUCGAGGUAGUGUCGCUCCUUCUUGAGAAAGGCGCCGACCCAAAUAAUGCCUCCAGCCAAGGGCCACCCCAGCAGUACACCUCGGACCCAGUCAUUCUCGAGCUGCUUACUACUGCGCAAGCCAAGGUCGCCCCAAAAAAUGGCUACCAGGAGAACGGAUAUACUCAGGAUGCCAACGAUGACACUACAAAAGCCCCAUACUAUCCUUCCUCCUACCCGUACUAUCCUACUCUCAACUCGGCACCUCCCAUGCCUGAAGGCGCUGCGUAUUACCCGCCGCCACCAUCCUCAGCCGAUGGCAUCGUACCCGGCGGCCCGGGCAAUCUACCCCCACCAGACAUCGCGCGCUUCAUUCCGUGCAGAUACUUCCCUGCAUGUCGGUACGGCUCCUCGUGUAUGUUCUUGCAUCCCCAAGGCCCGUACUACCAGGGACCUGUAUCUUCACCAGGGCAGUACCCAGCACCGUACGACCCCAUGGCACAGCAGCCCUACCAGCCAAACUACUAUCCGUUGCCCCCACCUUCUUUCCAACCGCCGCCGAACGGUGUCCCGGUCAACACACUCACUACGCCACCUCCGAUGAAUCAAGGUCAUUCUCCUUCUGACAUGGGCCCAGUCCCAGCACACUUCAGUCCCAAUGGCGCGCCUCCUCCUUUACCAUACGGCCCCAUGUCCCCCAUGAUGUCUCCCUCAGCCUACCCUCACCCAGGCCAGUUGCCUGUACCCAUGUCUAUUCCUCCCCUACCUCCCCUGCAGCAUCCUUUACCCCCUCCUCCGGUGGGUCAGUCUCCUCACACCGCAUAUCCCGCUCUACCUCCAGCACAUCCAUAUGCGAUGCGACCCGAUGGAACACCUUUCCCGCCUCCGCCGGCAGGACCCGUUCAUUUCCCGGAUGUAAAUGGCUCAGCAAAAUCACCUUCUCUCAAUCCUCAACCUGACUCGUAUAGCCCCAGCUCGACUCGUGAGAGCUUUGGGCAUCAAAGGCGCGGGAGUGCACGUCGCGGUUCUUUCGCAGGUCGCAAACCCCCGUGUUUGUUCUUCCCCUCUGGAAGAUGUAAAAAUGGCGACGAAUGUCGUUUCCCCCAUGUAUUACCUGAUGCAUCACAGUAUUUCUCCAGCUCACGAGGUGGCGGACCCCGGCCCCGGGGCGGCCAUGGGGCGAAUGGCUUCGCAACCAUCGAUGAGAAACUUGCCGGAUUGUCUAUUCGCGAUGAUCAGGCACCGCGUUAUCAAAAUGGCGAGGGCUCCAGUAAAUCCCAGGCAGAUGCUGGAAAUCGCCCAAAGUACUCUCAAGGGUACAAGAACGGCACGAAUGGGUUUCAAAAUAACAAGCGCGUCUUUCAACAAGUAAAGCAACGUCUUCCCAGCGCUGACGACUUCCCGGUGCUCGCCGGAUCUACGACGCCACCUGUACGGAGCCCGAGUAACGGGUCACUUUCAACAGGCCUCGCGGGACCAACUGCCGCACAAGUGCUACAGGCCCCAGCUCCCAUUCGCCGGGACAGCACUAAGGAAAUUUCACGCAACGUGACGCCUGAUCCGGUCCACCCUGCCAAGGAUUCGGAUUCGAGUCUUACGGAGACCUCUGAGUCACCACUCGUACCAGCCACCAAGCUUCCCAUAUCGUUCGCGGCUGUUAUGGCAGCGCCGGACGUUGCAAAGGAAGUACCUGUUUCGGCCUAA